AAUACUAAAUAUCCUUUACAUCGUCCUUCUCAUCUUCUUCGUUAUUCCACCGCCGAGAAUCUCCGAUGGCCUCCAUCUCAAUCGCCAAAUGCAACGCCGCUCCUCACACCCUUUACUCUCGCCUUCCACAUUUUCCUAAAUUUGCUUCAAUUUCGCUCACCCAUGGUCUCAGAGAAUUCGGCCCUUCCCCGAUCGGGCUCACCAUUAAACGCACUACGAAUGGUUCUUCUCUUCCGAUUAUUAGAGCCCAAACCUCUCCAGGUUACAUUCCCGAGGCCAAUUUUUACAAAGUUGAAGCGAUUUUAAGACCUUGGAGGAUCCCGCAGGUUUCUUCGGCAUUGUUGAAAAUGGGAAUUCGUGGGGUUACAAUUUCUGAUGUACGGGGAUUUGGUGCUCAAGGUGGCUCAACAGAGAGACAGGCUGGGUCUGAAUUUUCCGAGGACAAAUUUGUUCAAAAAGUUAAGAUGGAGAUUGUUGUGAGCAAAGAUCAGGUUGAAGAAGUCAUUGAAAAGAUAAUAGAGGAGGCAAGGACUGGAGAAAUUGGCGAUGGCAAGAUUUUCUUGACUCCUAUAUCAGAAGUAAUAAGAGUUCGCACAGGCGAGCGAGGUGAAAAGGCGGAGAGGAUGAUGGGAGGAAGGUCCGAUAUGCACUCUUCUGGAUCCUCUAAUUGAGUUGCUGAAAGCUUAAAACCACAAGUUUUUGUCAGUUCAUGGCAUUUUGAACUUCAAUGGUAGUUGUUCCAAAGAUUUUCCUCUAAUUUCUACUAUAACGGUGUGGUGCAUUAGACCAGAUCGAGUAGAACUAGGUCUAUCAUGCUGCAUAUAUUCUCAAAUGCGUAAGUUUUUAGAUUAAUAUUUUAAUAAUAUGUUCUCAUUUUCAAUGCAACCUUUGAUGAUUAGUUGAAUUUUGGAGGUUGUGUGUUUCUUGGUUAUGAAUUCAUGGUAUCUUGCUUAAGUUGAAUGGGCUUUUUUUUUU